GCUCCUGAUGGAGGUCCGGAUCCCUCUUGCUCUCCUACUGGCCGCCUGGAGCUGCUCCUUCCCCUCCUCCUGCUCCUCCUCGCCCUCCUUCGCCUACCAGCUGGCGCAGCUGAGCAGCCGCCGCAGCAGCUGCAAGCCCGUGCCCAGCAGCAUGAGCCUGUGCCAUGGCGUGGGCUACAGCGAGAUGCGCUUGCCCAACCUCCUGGGCCACGAGACCAUGAAGGAGGCGCUGCAGCAGGCCGCCUCCUGGGUUCCCCUCCUCACCAAGCAGUGCCACCGAGACACCAAGAAGUUCCUCUGCUCCCUCUUCGCCCCCGUCUGCAUCAGCGAGCUGGACGAGCCCGUCUUCCCCUGCCGCUCCCUCUGCGAGGCCGUCCGGGACGGAUGCACGCCCGUCAUGGCCGCCUUUGGCUUCCCCUGGCCGGAGAUGCUCAACUGCAGCCGGUUCCCCCGGGGGAACGAGCUCUGCGUCCCGCCGGCCGGCCCGGAUGACAGGGUGCAGCUCCCAAAAGAAGACACAGUAUGUGCAGCCUGUCUGCAUACUGAGAUUGGGGAGAAGGAAUUCCUGGAGAACAUCUGCAGCCAGGACUUUGCCUUAAAAAUGAGCAUCAAAUCUUCAUCUGCCAUCGACGGGGACCUCCAAGUGAUCCCUGACCUCCGGGGACGCACCCUUUACAGGCAGGACGGCUGGUCGGAGGAAGAGCUGAAGAAGCCGGUUCUGUGGCUGACCGACGGAGAGGCCUGCUCCUGCGAGGAAGUGGCGGCGGCAGGGCCUGGGUCCGUGGUCCUUGCCAUGGGGCACAGGGUAGCUGGCCGGCUCGUCCUCUCCUGGGUCAGGAGGUGGCGGCGGGGGGAGAAGGAGCUGAAGAAGUUCACCAGGGCCGUGCGGAAAACGCAGUGUUAAGA